AAACGACGACCGUGUAAAGUGUUUUCGAUUUUUCGUUAAUCAUUUUUCCAAUUAUCGUUUUGUUAGUUUGUUAUCUACUUAAUCAAUACAAAAAUAUAUAGAUUCAUUCAGUUUCCGUGUGCUCAUCAAAACAUACCUACCUAUUAAAUUGUAAAUUAUGAAUUUUUUAGUCGAGCUCAAUACAAUACUUUAUAAUAAUAUAGUACGUGUUUACUUAAAUAAUUUUUCAGUUUAAAUUAUAAAAUAUAUAUAGAAUGUCUAAUGUAAAUGAAAAUAUAAGUGCAAAUUCAUCCACCAAUAUUACUAAUGAAAAUACACAAUCACAAAAUAUAGCAGGUAAAUUUUUUAUGUAUUUUAAUCUGUUAACAUAAUAUUAUCUAGAUAAGAAAUCGCGACUUCUUUUUCUUCGUUGACAUCUUAUUAUUAUUAAAAUAAAAAAUAAAAUAACGAAUAAUAGAAUAAUUAUUAAUAAAACUAUUAAUGCAAUUUCUUCAAAAUUUAAGUAUUCUGUAACAAAAUCAAAUUUAAUUAAGUAUUAGUUUACUGUAAUAAUUUUAUUAAGUAGGUAUAUUAUGCAUUUUAUUUUUCAAAUAACUGGAAUACUUAAUUUAAAAUUAAUAAAAAAAAAAUUUAAAUUGAGCUUCUAUAUUUUGUUGUGCCUAUCUUAUAUUCCGAUAUUGUUUGGGUAAAUAAUAAUACUUAUAUAAAAGUUAUGAUUUUAAAAUACUUACGUUUUUCAGCAUCUAUGGUUUUUUUAAUUGUAUUGCCUCGUAUAUCUGUAGCAAUGAUUUCAACCUUUGGGAAACAACAUGUCGCUACAUAGUAUACAAUUACUGGUUCUUUGGUACCAAUAUUAAACUCAUUACGAAACCGUAAAUUGUUUGGUAUUGAUGAUAUAAUAGCUAAUCCUGUAAUACAAAUAGUAUCAAUCAUUAUUGAUUUAUUUUAUAUUUUAUAUUUGAUUUAUUAUAAUUUAUAAUCUAUAUUAGUGAAAUGAGUACUUAACUAUAUAACAUGUAUUCAAUAUAAUUAGAUAGAUACAAAUAUUGAAUCUACUAUUUGAAAAUAAUUACCUGAUUUAUCAUCUUGAAUAGUUGCUUCAAUGCUCCAUUUUUCAGAAGCACAGUUGUGUGGAGUAUUUGAAAAUCGACAGUCUCCAGUAAAUGUAUAAUCUAUUAUUGGUCGUGUAGUAUCUGCCGUCUAAAAAUGUAUGGACUCUUAGUUAAGUAUAAAUUGUAAAUUUGUUAUUUCUUACUAGUUUUCCUAUGUAAAAAUUAACUUUAAUUGACUCGAAUUCUGGUUGGAGUACGGAAAAUGAAAUCUGAUCAGUUGAUCCUUCUGGCCCUGUUAUUUCCAAAACUACCAUUACAUCAAACGGUGCACUUUGUGGAGGUAAUAUUAUACUAAAAAUAUUAACAAAUUAUGACCAUUUAUGUAUUGUAUUAAAAAAAAUGUCAUCAAUAUUUGAUCAACACACACAUAAUAAUAAAGAAAAUGAAUUAUUUUUUUAGUUUUGAUUAGUAAUAUCAGUUAUUUAGUAUUUUAAAACAAUUAUUGAUGAUUCUAAGUAGACACAUGAUAAUAUUAUUUUAAAUAUACUUAAACAUAUUUCUAAAUAUUAUAACCUUUUCAUAUCAUAGCGAUAUUUUGAGAAACAGUCCCUAUAUAAAACUAUAGUAUAAUCUUUUGAUUAUCCAAAAAAAACUUACCUUGUGGGUAAUACUGAUCUUAUGAGACCCAUUUGAUCGUAACAAUGAAAAUUAUAUUCCAAAGGAAUCAAUUGUUUAUUUAUCACUCUAAAGUAUAAUUUAACUAUCUCUCCUGGAACACCCGUUAAAGUGGAAAACGGAGAAAGUUCCAGUAUAAAACUUUUAGCUUCAUUUUUUGUUUCGUCUGUCCAUGAUUUAUCAGAAGCUUUAUCUAUAAAACAUAAUACACUUUUUUAAUUGUAGAUAUAAUUUUAUAUAGGAUAUUCCACUAAGAUAUACACAUUGUGAUGUCUCCUGGGAUAGUUAAUGACUGAAUCAAAUUUUUUUUUUUUAUUUGACACAAAAAUAGACUAUAAAUAUUCAUAUUUCAAAAAAAUGUAUAUGUUGGUAAAAAAAACUUUAUUUUGUUAUUUUCUAAAAAUUUGAAACUAUAAAUUAUAAUUUCAAUUUUAUGGAGUAAUAUUUUUUCUGGUUUACAGAAAAAUAAUGUAUUAAACAUGUUAGUGUUUUGAUAAACAAAACUCAUCAGUCUUCAGAAAACGAGAUGAGAUAAUUUCAAAACACUACUAUGGUUUUAGUUUUAUUAAUUAAAUACAUUAUUUUUCUCUGAACUAAAUAAAGAAAAAUAUAAUGAGGUUAAUGAAAAUAAAAAGUUGAAAUGUUCAAAAGAAUAAACUCUAUAAAAUUGGAUUUCUUCAAAUUUUUCUAAAAUAAUAAAAUAUUUUUUUUUUUAAUGUUUACUAAAAUAAUAUAAAUAUACACUUAGUUUUUGGAUUUUAUUUCUUCUUAAAUUUUUCUAUUAAAAUAAAAAAAAGUCUAAAAGUACAAACAGAAUAUCUGGAAAAUAGAUAUCAAAAAAUUAUUAUGUUAAAACAUAGUAAAUGUUGUCAUUUUUAAUUUGGGGAAAUAAUUCUUAGAUUCUGAGUACUAUUAAAGUACAAAAACAUUUUUGCUUUAUUGCCCAUUAGAUAUAAUAUAGAUAUAUAUAAGAUAUAAUAUAUAUCUAUAUUAUGUUACAGUGAUGUCCUCUUAACUAUCAUUAUGUGAUAUUUCUGUACACAAUGUAUAAUAGUAUUGUUAAUACAAUUACGCGUUUAAAAUUAACUGUAUAUAUAUAUAUUAAUUAAUGAUUUAUUAAACAAUUUAGUAAUACAUUUAAUAAUUUGAGUUAAUUUAUUAAGUUUGAUAGAUAUUAACUUAGGCCAUAUGAUGAAAUUAAUAUUAGUCAAAGUUUGUUAAGAUUUUAGAUUGCUAGAAUAGUCAGUUUGGAAAAUAUUGAGGCCCUGCACAGUCAUUUUUGCAUGGUUUCAAUAAGUUUCUCUCUUUUUUUUUUUUAAUAUUUUAAUAUCAAGCAUAGGUAAAUCUUUACAAUACAAUUUUUCCUAGUUCAUUAGUUUUAAUAUGUAUUUUCCUAAAUAAUCAUGUAAAAUUACUAUAUAGUUAUGAUAACCACCAGAUUCAGGACUGCCAAAAGCACAGGGCUAUGUGCGCAUGCACAAUUUGCACUGCUUUCAAGCAGGCCCUGAUUGCUAGGAACUUAUUUUGGUGAUAUUAUUUUUAAAAUUAUAUAUAAAAUAUCUUAGUGUUUUUAAUUUUUCCAUCCAUAAUACAUGACAACUUAUAUUUAUUUAAAAAGUAUUGCUGAAAAUUUGAAUUAUGUUUAUUAUUAGGUAAUCUAGUAAACUGUACAAGUGUAAUUUAAAAAAUACUUUGCAAAACUAAGUAUAAAUUGAGUAAAUCUGAAUUCUAUAUUGAAUAUAAUAAUUAUAAUCUUUAGUUUUAUUUAUUAUAUUUAUUUAAAUUGAUUUAAGCUAGAAACUACUAAAUCAUUUUGCAAUGUAACAUAUAUUUUCAAGUUAUUACAUUUAAAGAUAACAACAUUAAUGAAAGAGCUAUCUUAUUAUUUACUUUUCAUACCUAUUCAAUUGUAAUAUUAAAUAACGUCAUACUGUUUUAGGGCAAUUUUAUACGCACUUGUUGGUCAAGGCUACUGUCUCAUACAUCAUAAGACGUCAUAUUUUCAUAAUUGUAAACAAUAAAAAUACUAUAAAAACAAAUUUAUGUACCUAUGCACAAUAUAUUCUAUUGGUUGUUUCAAUUGCUUUAUAUUCCUAAUUGGCAUGUGAGAUUUUAUCAUAGAUUUCUAUAUAACUAAACUUAAUACUUAGAAAUCUUUGGUUUCAGUUAAAAAAUAAAGUUAUCCUAAAAAAAAGAUUAUAUUCAAAGAUAUUUUACGACUUAUAAGUACUAUAAUUUUCAGUUUCUAAAAAAAAUAAUCUUAAAAUAGUUUAAAAGAUUUAAAAAUAGUUGAAUCUAUUUUAUGUUAUAAAAAUAUUAUAAGUAUUUGUAUAAUAAUUUUAAGACUCAUAAUAUUAAUAAAAUUACUUAAUGUAAACAUAUAUUAUUAAUCUUCUAGUUAUCCAUCAAAUAUUUUACAUUCAUUGUUUUUCCUUCUAUUUUUUUUUUUUUUUUUUUUUGUUAUAAAUGAUUCAUAACUUCUGUUAUUAACAUAUUCAAUCUUACCUUACAGUAUGUGUAACAGGUUAUAGAUUGGUACUAUUUCGUAUAAUGUGUAAAUAAGUAUAUUAACGCUUUGCGUUUUAAAGGUCAACAAUUUAUGGCUUUUUGUUGAAUAAAUACUGUGGUAUCUAGUAGUUAUGAUAAUAAGAAUAAUAAUGACUAAUGAAUUUAUGUAUUAUCUAAUCUGAUUUUUAAUCCUUUUUUUUCAUAAUAGGUAUAAUAAUAAGUACAAUUGUAUUUUACAAUAUAAGAAUAUAGUUAUUUUUGUGUGGUAAUAUACUUGAUUCUUUGGCUUUAAGUUAGCUAACCUAACCUAUUAUUUAGCUUGCUAAUAUUUAUUAAUAUUAUUAUUUUUUAUUACUGUUAAAACUUAAAGGUUUAUGCACCAUACUGAAAAUUAAUUUGUAUACUUAAAAUACUAAAUUAUUUCUAGUAAAACAAUUUGUUUAGUUACUGUUUGGUUGAUUUUGUAUAUUAGAAUCAACAUGUUUAGAUUCUAAAACUUUAUUCACAAUUGCUAAAGCCAUAGGUUUCUGUUCUUCACAAUCUUCACACUCUCCAUUUUUACACCAUAUAAUUUCUACCUGGAAGUAUUGUAUUAUUGGCAUAAAAUAAAUAUUGUGCUUAUUAAGAUUGAAGUUACAUUUUUGUUUUGAAGAAAAAUAUCCAAGUCAUUAAAUUUUGAUUUUUCACCAAACACUAAAAAUGUAUUCCCUGCGGGGUUUAGAAUGUGGAUCAAUUUAGAAUAAUACUGCUGGCCUUGUUCUUUUGGUAAAUAGUCAAUUUGGUGGUACUCUGACAUCACUUCAUUGUUUUUUUGAAAUACAUUAUGAACCACAAUAUCUGUAAACAGGAAAUACAAUAAUUUAGUAUUAUGUAGUUUUACCUUUACAGUGGAAAAUAUGUAAAAAACGUUAUUUACCUAAUAUAAUAUUAGUUUAGUAGGUAAUACAUUUUGUGUUAAUGUUUUUUACAAUAAUCAAGUAUACACAUCAAGACAGGAAAUUGUGCUGUCAUAUAAAACAAAUAGUGUAUUUUUAUACAAGGCAGAAAAAAAAAUGGAUUCUUAUGUAAUCAGAAAUUCCAAAGCAUUGUGCAUUCGUUCAAAUAUAAAAUUUACUUUAUAGAAUAUCUGUUUCAAAUAAAUUAGCUAAAUUUAAAUUAAAAAUGUAAAUCAUAGCUACGGCUAUAAAAAAUAAUGGUUGAAACAAUAAAAAAUGGCACAAUUAUUUUAGAUUAAAUAGGAAAUACUUUUUAAUAAAUUUGUUUUUCCAGAAACAUAGAAAAAAAGUGACGGACAUACUUCUCACAAUGGGUGGGCCCUUGUUUUUGAUUAGAAGUUGGGAAGGUAGAAGAGAAAUUUAAUGUAUAUCUGCAAUUAAAAACAAUUCUGAGUGGAAUUUGAUGAAUAGUGUUGCUUUAUCAACAUUAUAUAUGUCAUAUUAUGAUAAAAUAAUUACAUAUGCACUAUAUAUUUUCUUUAAUAAUAUUUUCGACUAAAGCGAUUUUCAUCAAACUUUGAUAUUAAAAUUCUUAUAAUAAAAAUUCUACAUUACUCAUUUUUUUUUUCCACAAAGUACGACUUAUAAUGAAACUCUUAUUAAAUUUGUAUGCAUUUUUGUUUGGUCUAACAAUUUUAUCCACAGAGUACCUGCUGAAUAAAAAUUACAUACAAAAAUGUCAUAAAAUUGUAUGAACAAUUAAUGUCUAUAAAUAGCUCAAAAAUGGCUACAAUAUUUUAAACAUUUAACCAUGUCUAGAAAAAGCAAAUAUAAAUUUUCCGUCCAAACUUCAAGUCUCUUUAAAUUUUUUUAACUGAAUCAAAAUAAAACAAAACAAAAAAUAAAAAACUUACAUUUUAUAAUUUUUCUUGUUUUUCCUUUCAGAAAAAAGUGCUGUACUUGAAAUUUUGAGCAAAAUUGCUGAUAGAAAUUAUUGUAUCGAAUUAUAUUUUAAAUAAAUAAGAAAAAAAGAAUUAAUAUACUUUAUACCUAAUUUAGUCACACUUAAUAAUAUUAUCAACAAAUUUAUUUCAAUAGUAUAUUCUAUAAUAAUAUAAUAUUAAAUUACAUUGUCUUAUAUGUACAUUUGCUUAAUAUUUUAGAAUAGUUUUUGUUAAUUGUUGUAGUUUAUGAUUUUUUUUAUUAGGAUUUUUAAUGGUGUUAAUAUAUUCCUAUAUAUUAAUGUGGAAUUAUUUUAAUUGGAAUAUAAAUUUCACAAAAUGAGUGAAAGGAUUUUUUUUUUUUAAUGAUAUGAUUGAUUGAUAUACCAAUAUAUUAUUGUUUAUAACAGACAUUUUUUGAAACAGAACAAUAUGUUUUUGCAACUACAAUGAAUGGAAUUAAUUGUGCCAAACAUAUGAGAAAUCUAUUACAUGUCUGUUUAAAGUAUUGGAAUUCAAAUAAUUGUUUGAUUCAUUCAAUAUGUAUCAUUUAAAUACAAUUGUACUACAUAAUUUUUCCAAAUAUUAUAUGAUUAUUUGAUUCUGUGAAAUGUCUGUUUCAAUCAUUGAUAUUCCAAUAAAAUUUGGCAACCCAUCAAUUAUUGAAUGAAAUGAUUUGUAUAAUAUAUGGACGAAAGAAUAUAUUACAAAAAAGUAAUUUUAUGUUAUAAAGAUAGAGAGAUGUUGUUUUCAAGUAUUAUUUUACUAUUACCAUUUUAAAUUAUACCUAAAUAGUAAAUAUACAUACCUCCUUUUUGGUUUAGUCCAGAUACAAAAAAACUAGAAUUAUGUUUAAUCAAGUAUUUUGUAUUUUCAAAGAAAUGAUUGAUACAUUGCAAAGUAUCUUCUUUCCAAUCUGUUAAAAUGGUAAUAUUAUUGGCAAUUAAACACGGAACUGUUAAAUAUAGUAAAAACAAAUUUAAUAAAUGCAUGAUGAUGUAGCGCAGGAUCAUUAGCUAUUAAAGUUUUUUUUAAAUAAUUUUUGUUUAAAUAAUAUUUAUACUUAACGUUAUCUGUUUCAAAUAUUUAUCUCUGAAGGAUAGGUUUCCUAUUUGUGUAUAAUUCCUUAUGACAAAUAAUUAUAAUAUAUACAAUAUGCAUACUUUUUUUUUUUAGGUUUAGAUAAUCAGUUCCAAGAAUCAUUUUCACAAUUACAACAAAAUAUUAAUGAAGUGACUUUGGACGAAUCCCAAUCUCAAUGUUUAAUAACUGCGAGUGAACAACUUAAACAACAUUUAAGUAGUAAUUAUGGAUUUUCCGAUUUAGAUGAAUAUAAUUCGCACAUAUUACCACCGAGGAAAACAUUAGAAACUGAUCAAUACAAUACCAUACUACCAAAAGGUAUUCAGUCAACCAAUUUUAGAUCUAAUGCAGUCAAAUUUCUCUGUAACUUAAAUGUGGACUGCUAAAAAAUAAAAAAUUGUUUAUUUUACUAUAUACCUUAGUAAUUAAGCCUUUCAGUUUUAAACUAUGUAGGUUCUACUAUAAAAAAGUGCAAGUACAGUGUAAAAUUAAUAUAUUUUUAUUCAAUUUAAAAAUUAUUACAGAUAAUAUUGAUUCAUCUUCUAGUAAUGUUUUAAAGAAUCAAAAUGAUUCAACAUUUAUAAAAACAUCAAAUCCAUCUAUAAAACAAACAGUUAAAACUAUGGGUAUUUUAGAAAAUACAUCUCCAACACAACCACAAGUAAUUUAAUUUGAAGUAAACUGUUAAUUGAAUGAAUAAUAAUAAUUUUUACAAUUAAAUAUUUUUAGGAUUUACUACUAUGCAUAUAUGAACCAAUAAAAUGGCAUUGGUUUUAUUGUAAGUAUGCGGAUAAAAAUAUAUGGGUUCCUUUCAGUCAAAAAGAUUCUGAUGCAAUUGAACAGGCUUUUAUGCUAGGUAAGAAUUUAGUAUUUAAUAAUAUAUAUUGGUUUUCUAAUUUUUAUUCUGUUGUACAUAUUAUUUUUUUAGAUGAUCAACACAAUGAAUCUGUCAUACCUACAGAUGGUACCCGAUUUGAUGUUUAUCUAAAUCAAAGAAUUCGUAAGCCGGUUUAUUGGUCUGAUAAACCAACUAGUAUAAGACGUUGUUCUUGGUUUCUACGUAAUCGUUCUGGUUCUAAUUUUAUUCCUUAUGAUGAAGCGAUAGCUACCAUUUUAGAAGUAAUAAAAUGCAGUUUAAUUAUUUGUAUAACUUAAAUACAAUACUAAUAUUUACAUUUAGGAAGAAUACAGAACAGCAUGGGAUACUAAUGAAUGGGGACGUAGAAUUCCAGUUACUAAUUACGAAGAAGUAGUUUUACAUAGUCCUACCGCUAUAAUACAUUGUGGAACAUCCAUAACACUUUUAAAUAAUAGUGAAGAAAAUCAUAAUUAUCAACAAAUAGAUCAAACAAAUAUAGUAAUAUAGUAACAAAUAAUUUACUAAUAUAGUAAAAUUAUGAAUAUAAAUUUAAAAUAGUUAUUGAAUAUUUUAUGUUUAAAACCAAUUUUAGUCUUCAUUGAAACAAUGCAUAGUAAAACGAGGAUUUGAAGAAUUUGUAAUUCCUUGUGAUGAACCAUCAAAAGUAGAUCAUUUAUUAUUUAUUGUUCAUGGAAUUGGAUCCUAUUGUGAUAUAAAAAUGAGACCAAUUUAUGAAGUUGGUAAGUCAUUUUAGCUCUUCAAAUUAAAAAUAAAAUUAAUUCAAACAGAUUUUUAGUCCCAAAAAUAAAAAAAUGCACAAUGUUUCACAUUAAAAAUAUAUUUACUUAUAUAUAUAUAAAUAUUAUUAAUGUAUACUUAUUAGGGUGGUCCUUAACUUGUAGGUGUUGAAAAUAAAUGUCAAAUAUUUGAAUUCAUGGGCUUGGAAUUCUGUUAGGUACAUUGUAAAAAAAUGUUUAUAAAUUUUGAGUAUGAUAAAUCAACUCCUUCAUGUGCCUCAAAGAUUUUUUUUUUAUCAAUCCAAAGAUUGGUUUUAAAAAAUUUUUACAAUAAAUUACUUUUCCAUUUUUCUCUGUCAUACACCAUAUUCUUGAGAUCCCUGUAGGAAGUGACUCCUGCAUCCUUCAUUACUUGGCUAAUGUAUUUUGUCUUUUUCUAGGUCCACAAAGGCCAUAUAAGUAAUGUUUUGUCUCUCAAUUUGCUUUUCAUGUAUUAUUCUCAGACCUAAAAUAACCUCACUGGUUCCUUUGUUUUUCCGGAAAAACCAUAUUGAUUGUUUGGUAACUUAGCUUCAAUCCUCUUUUGCUUAUAAUUAUUGUUUGUUAUUUAACUGUAUAUGAUAUCAAGCUUAAGGUCCUAAAAUUUUCGCACUAAUUAGCUCAAGGUUUUUUUGUUAGAAUAACUAAUCUUCUAAAUCCAAAAUCUCAGAAUUUGCCUAGUUUCGUAUAUUUGUCAUUACAAUUUAUAUAAAUCAUUUUUUAUUUCCUCUCUUGACUGUUGUAGAAGUCCCAUAUUCAAUUUGUCUAGGCCUGGUGCUUUGUUUUUCUUCAUUGUUUGAAUUACAUCUUCAAAUUCUGAUUUUAGAAUUCCUGUAUCUGCAUUUAGAAUCAAAGACACCGUCAUUUGGGUUUUCAACGAGUAAGUCAAUGUUUUCUUCUUCUAUGUAUUCUUUCCAUUUAUUUGCUAUUGCUUUCUCGUCCAUAAGUAAAUUCUCCUCUUUUUCCUUUACGUGCGUGCAUCAUGAAGUAUCGUUUGAUGAGUUUGUAUGCCUUGUCCUGUUAGUUGUACUUUAUCAUAUUAUCUAUUUCUUAACCAUUUUUUCCAAUCCACAUCUAUUUGGCUUUUUUUGCUUCGUAGUUUAUUUGAUUUCUUAAUGUCUUUUAUUGUUUUUUACUCUCUUCAUCUGUUUUGUUUUUCAGCAAUGUUCUUUUCUUUGUAUAUUGAACUAAUUCCAUUGUUAUUCAUUCGCAUUUCAGUGUUAAUUUCUCCCUAAUUAAUAUUUCUUUUGCAGGCUAGACAUAAGAUUCUUUUAUACGAUGCCAUCCAUGUUCUAUAUUAUUGCAAUCAUCUAUCCUCUGUUUACUUUUGAUUUCAAAUUUUUCUUUGUAUUUCUUUCCAAACAACUUUCUUGUUUCUGAUUGUUUUAGUUGACACAUAUUCCAUUUAUGUCCUUUAUAUUUUGGUUUUUCUAACUUUUGAAUAUCAACACAGAUUUGAUCAUCACCAAGUUGUGGUCACUAUCAAUAUCAGCUCCUGGGUAAGAUUUACUUGAUUUAAUCUGAUUUUUGUAACUAUUCUUUACCAGGAUAUAAUCUAAUUUGUAUCUGUUAAUAUCACCUGGAAUUUUAUACGUAUAGCAUUUUCUUUUAUAAUUCAUGAAUAAAGUAUUGCUUAUAACUAAAUCAUAGUGUCUGUAAAAUUUGACAAUAUGAUCACCUCUUUCACUCCUUGUUCGGAGUACAUAUUAACCAACUUCUUUGCUGUUUGGGUUUUCCCCCACAAUUUCAUUCCAGUCCCCCAUGAUAAUUAGAUUUUCCUUACCAUUUGUGAGGUUAAUGAGUUCUUUUAUCUUUCCUUAAAUCUCUUCUAUUUUCUCAUCGUUCACUUAUGAUGUAUGCUUAUAUUAUUGCGAUGUCGUUAGGGACAAAUUUUAGUUCAACCUAUCAUUGUAGGCAAUGUAACUUCUUACACAUUGCGCCCAUUUUUUAUUCAAGAUAAUGCAUACUCCAGUUCUUUUAUUAUCACCGCCGGAGUAGUCUCCCGAUAUAACCUCACUUUGACCAUUCCAUCUCAUUUCACUUAUCCCCAAAAUAUCUAUUUCAUCUCAAUCUUAAGAUUAUCUAGUUUCCCCAUUUGCAACAGAGUUCUAACAUUCCAUGUUCUUAUCAUACUACAAGGAUUUCGUUUGGUGAUGACCUGAGGUAAAUUGUUUGGCCUCCUCUCCAAUAAGGUUGUCUCCAUAUAUUAUACCAUUUAUUGUGCUGGUGAUUUUUUAAUUGACUAAGGAAAUUAAUGUGGUGGUUACCUCUUGUCCUCUACAUCACAGUGCUGUAGCCGUGUUCAUGGUCUCCAUGCACGCCUACUCCAAAUACCUAGCUGUACUUGAAGCAUCCACCUACAGCCAGUACUGAAGGCACUGCUUCCCACCUUCAGGUCCAUUUUUUGUUGCCUCUUAUGAUAGGCAUGGACUACUAGCCCUACUGGCUGUAUUCUGGCCCCCACCUGCAGAAACUCCUCAAAGGGGUGGAAGUUAGUAAAAAGGGGGUAGUUUUUGUAUUAAUUUUUUUAAAGUUUGUACAUACAAACAAUUUAUCAAAAACUACCGUAGUAAAAAAGUGUCUAAUAUUAAUUUUUGUAUGUUAAAAUUUCAAAAAAUCCAAAAACAUCCCCUUUUUACAAACUUUAACCCUUUUGGGCAAUGUAAAGGAUUUGACUUAUCAUACCAAAAUUUACAAAAAUUAUUUUUACAGUGUAGCUAACAUUAUUUCAAACCCGCGGCACAAAAUUAUUGAAGUUCAAAAAAAAAGACCACCCUAAUAAAUGUAUACAUAUAUUUUAUAAACAAUACUCUUAUUAAUUUUUUAGUCGACGAUUUUCGAAGCUUAGCUCUUCAAUUAACACAAUCACAUUUUAAAACAUCAUGUCAAUCAGAUAAAAUUGGUAGAAUUGAAGUGUUGCCAGUUUCAUGGCAUUUUGCUCUACAUAGUAAAGAUAUUGAUUGUAAACUUAAAAGUAUUUCCUUGCCAUCAAUUCCACGACUCAGGAACUUUAGCAAUGACACUAUAUUGGAUGUUUUGUUUUAUACUAGUCCCACAUUUUGCCAAGUGAAUUAUUUUCAGAAAAUAGAAAAGGUUUGUAUACUUAUAUUUUUCUUUUGAUUUCAGACUAUAAUAAAUGCUGUUGGAAACGAAAUGAAUCAUAUGUACACUCAGUAUCUAUUAAGAAAUCCUAAUUUUAAUGGGCAUGUUUCAAUAGGUGGCCAUAGUCUAGGAUCUUUAAUUUCAUUUGAUUUAUUAUGUAAUCAACAACCACCAAGUUCAACAAAAAAACCUGUGAGUUAUUUUUGUAAUUUAAAAAUCGUAACAUACUAUAUAAAAUUAAAAAAAAAAAAAUCAGCACGUUAAAUGUUAUUACAUUGAAUUUGAAAGUGAUUUUAUCAUCAUUAUUUUAAUUUUAUUUUAAAACAUUUUUUUUUAGAUUCUGAGUGAAGCGAAGAAGCAUAUAGUUUUACAACAAUGUUUAUUUUUUUUUAUCUGUACAAAUUUUCUACCAGCCAUUUUUCUCUAAAUUUUAAGUGUAGUACCUAUUCUGAAAAAAAAUCAAUGUAUAAAAUAUAUUAAUAACAUUUUUUUUUUUCUGUGGACAACUUUUCUACUAGCAAUUUUGUUGAUUUACAAUGAUAGCACAUCUUCUAAAAGGAAACCAUACUGGGGAUACUUCAGAGAGGACAUUUUCCGAUUUUCUCAGGAAUUUUCCCAACAAAUUAGAAAAAACUUGAGAAAAUCUUAGGAAAAACAGGAAAAUAGGUACAAUCUUAAAGAAAAUAUACAAUUCCUAUAUAAUUAUUUUACCAUAAUAUGGCAUAUAGUUGGCAAAGCAACACUAUCAACUGAACUCCACUCAGAAUCGUUUUUUGUAAGCACUGAUAAACCAUUGCUUAUAGAUAUACAUUAAAUGUUUACUCUACUACCUUCCAACUUCUGAUCUAUAACAGUGGCUGCACCCACGUUUAUUAUUAUUUAUUUACUACUUUUUUAAAUAUAUUAAAAAAAGUUUCAUACAUGAUAAUUUUGGCUUUUUUUUUAAAAAAGCUGUAAUUUUUUUGUGAAAAUAUUUUAGAAAAAACACUGGUUUUAAAAAUAUUCUUUUCAAAGUUUAUUGUUUGUUUUUUAACUUUAAUUUAAAUUUAAAUGCCACAAUAUAUAUUCUACACAAAUUUGUCCUACAAAAUGUAAUUUUACUUGUCUAUUAGUUAGACUAAGACAGAAUCUGGGGUAUUCUUAAGCUUAAUUAAUACAAUUUCCAUUUGUAUAAUAUAAUUGUCCAUCAUUAUAACAGGAGUCAUCUCUACAGGAAUCUGUUGAUGAAGAAAAAGUUAAAUUAAAUCGUGGUGCAUCAUACCUUACUUUAGGAAAAGCUGGUACUGGACAACCAUACAUUACAUAUCCACAACUAAAAUUUCAACUCGAUUAUUUUUUUGGUUUUGGCUCACCAAUUGGUAAUUAUUUAUUAUUAUUUUAAAACACUAGUGAGUAGCAGAGCUUUAUCGAACUAGAGUCAAAUUAUUCCAUUUAUUUUAGAUUAUUAAAAUAUUCAAUGUGAAACAAUAAAUAAUUAAAUAAUACUAUACUAUAACUAUAGUAAUUCGUAAAAAGUUAGUAAAAUUUGAGCAUAAAAAUAGUAGAAGUGGAGAUAUAAAGUUAAAAUCCAUAAAAAACCCAUCAUUGAUUCUAAUGCCAUGCAUAUACAACAUUGACACCCUGGCUUCAUUUGUGGGGUUUCUAGGGCUGCUAAAAAAAACUCCCUUAUCCGUCAACAUGACAUAUUUUAUUAUGAAAUUCAUCUCAACUCUUACCACUAAUAAUAAAAAAGAAACUCGAAUUUGAGUUCAUUUGGUCUAGAGAGAGUCCGCUAAGUGUCCAAAAGUAGCAGAAAAAAUAUUAAUUUAUCUAGGUAUAAUAGAUACAAUACAGUUCAAUAGUGUCUAUUAUUGGAGAAAAUUCAACAAAAAUGAUAAUGCAAAACUUUGUAGUUAUAAUAUUAUAAUACCGAUUUAAAUAUGUUUUGUAUUCAAGUUUAAAUUAAUUAUACGUAAAUAUUUGAGAUUAUUUCAUUAUUAAUUUUUUUUGUUUGCUACUUUCAGGCAUGUUUGUAACAGUAAGAGGAAUAGAAAGUCUAGGAGAAAAUUUUAAAUUUCCCACAUGUCCUGGAUUUCUUAAUAUUUUUCAUCCAUAUGAUCCAGUUGCCUACCGUAUUGAACCAUUAAUAAAUGCUAUUUUUGAAAAUAUACCACCCCUACAAGUACCACAUCAUAAAGGUCGCAAAAGGAUGCAUCUAGGUAAUUAAUUAAAAUGGAUAAUAAUAAUUUUACUUUAUAUAAUAUAAUGUUUAUAGAAUUAAAAGAUACUAUUGCACAUAUUGGAACUGCUUUAAAAUCGUAUUUUGUUAAUUCUGUACAGAACACAUUAUCAAAGUUGUACUUUCAAGUACCUUCAAAUCAAUCAAUAAAAUAUGACUCUAGGGAAGUAAGUAUAUUAAAUUAUUCUCCGAUGUAUUUUUAAUAUUGGUUUAUCACUUUGAAUGAUAGGUUUAGUAAGGAUGAUAAUGAUAUAUUGGUACUUCAUUCCAAUUUAAUAUUGUUUAUAUUUAGAUUUUAAGCCAUACCAAUAUGUACAAAUAUACAAUCUAAAUCAAAAAUAAUUUUUAUUAAUAAUGAUGUGUUGACAGGGAAACCUGUUCUGUCUAUACCAUACCGCAUAAUGAUAUAACCAGUUGGCGAGUAACUCGUAAUUGUAUAAUCAGAAUUAUGGCCAAAUUUUGUUUAUUUUCAAAUGUUUUUCUCCCUAAAUCUGAUAACACUGCAUAGUGUACACAACUUUUUUUGGUGGUAUCAUAAAAUAAAGAUAAAUAGAAUUUUUAAUUGGAGAGUAUAUUUUAACAUUAUUUUAGAUAAUUUUUUUUUCUCUAUAUAUUAAAAAAAUGAUUGAUGACAUAUUGUGGUAUCAAUAUUAGGUCUACAAUAUUAUAUCUAAAGUCAAAAGUUUUUGAACUUCUAUUUAGGUUAGGUUACGUGCUAUAUGUUUAUAUUGUUUAAAAAAUUUAAUUUAUUUACUAUUAUUUUCAUUAGAAUGUAGAUAACAAACAAAAAAUUCAAUCAAACUCCAAAAGUAGUUCAGAAACAACUCAGAAGUCUACCCAAUGCUUUAAUAAUAAACCUGGUAUUCUAAAUAAAGGAAAUAGAGUAGACUACGUUUUGCAAGAGGCACCUCUCGAAAGUUUUAAUGAAUACUUAUUUGCUGUUGGCAGUCAUUUAUGUUAUUGGUAAGUACACAAGAUAUUUAUUUAUUUAUUAACAAAAUAUACAGUUUUAGUUAAUAAAUAUAAACACUACUACUUAUAACCAGUAAUUUUUUUAACAUACUAUUUCAGUUUUAAAUAGAAAAAUGAUUAAUUUUUAUAUUUUACAUUUUUUUUUUUAAUUUGAUUUUCAAUUAAAUAAAUAAUACAUUUAAGUUUAAAAAAUUACAAUUAGUAUUGCAAUAUUUAUAUAUAUAUUAUAAAUAUGCAAAUGAAAUAUAUUUUAUCUUCUAAAACUACUUGGCUAAGAAAUUUUAAUUUUAAUCCGUCUAAAAAAAAUAAUAAACUUGAAACGAAAUAUUAAUUAUAUAAAAUAUGAUUUAUAAUAUAUCAAAUUUAAAUAUUGAAUUUCAUUAUAAUAAAAACUAUUUCUACUGAGGUAUAAAAUAUAUAAUGUGGACAAUUUAAUUUUAAACCCAAUAACUGUUCAAUGUCAACUCAUAAAUCUUAAACUUUUAAAAAACACAUUAUUAGUAAGUUUUACAAUCGAUUAUUAGCAUUAUUACUUCCAAUUUUUUUUUUUUUUUUAGGGAAUCUGAAGACACUAUUCUAUUAGUCUUAAAAGAAAUGUAUUCAAUAACAGGUAUAUCACCAGAUAAUCAAGUUCAGCAUGCAAUACUACCAUUUGACAUACAUGACAAUGAUAAUUCUAACUAUCCAAUUAGUAUGCAAUUUAAGGAACCACCUGGAUUUAACAUGUCAUAUGGGACAUUACCACCAUCUCUGUAUAAUGAUAAACUUAAUAAUUAACUUUUAUUAUUUAAUAAUAGAAUACAUAAAAUAAUUUAAAAUUUGUUAUGGUGUGUUUAUAUAGUUAAAAUUUUAUUUUUUUCUUAUUGUACUGUGAUAAUUUAUUUUUGUUGACAAUAUAAUAUAAUGAAGAUU